AUGGGGCCCGCCAGCCCCGCCGCUCGCGGUCUGGGCCGCCGCCGGGGCCCGCAGCCGCUGCCGCUGUUGCUGCUGCUUCUGCGCGCGCAGCUCGCCGUCGGGAGCCUGACCGGUGGGAGCCCCGGCGCGGCCGAGGCCCCGGGGUCGGCCCAGGUGGCAGGACUAUGCGGGCGCCUAACCCUUCACCGGGACCUGCGCACCGGCCGCUGGGAGCCAGACCCGCAGCUCUCCCGACGCUGUCUCCGGGACCCGCAGCGCGCGCUGGAGUACUGCAGACAGAUGUAUCCGGAGCUGCAGAUUGCGCGUGUGGAGCAGGCUACACAGGCCAUCCCCAUGGAGCGCUGGUGCGGGGGUGCCCGGGGCGGCCGCUGUGCCCACCCCCACCACCACGUUGUGCCUUUCCGCUGCCUGCCUGGUGAAUUUGUGAGCGAGGCCCUGCUGGUGCCGGAAGGCUGUCGGUUCUUACACCAGGAACGCAUGGACCAGUGCGAGAGUUCCACCUGGAGGCAUCAGGAGGCACAGGAGGCCUGCAGCUCCCAAGGCCUCAUCCUGCAUGGCUCGGGCAUGCUUUUGCCCUGUGGCGCGGAUCGGUUCCGAGGUGUGGAAUAUGUGUGCUGCCCCCCUCCAGUGACCCCUGACCCAUCCGGGACAGCCGCUGGUGACCCCUCCACCCGAGCCUGGCCCCCGGGGAGCAGAGUAGAGGGAGGUGAGGAUGAGGAAGAGGAGGAGCCCUUCCUGCAGCCAGUAGAUGACUACUUCGUGGAGCCCCCACAGGCUGAAGAGGAGGAAGAGGACAGAGCCCCGCCCCCAAGUUCCCACGCCCCUGAAGUGGCCAGCAAAGUCACUCCCACCCCAAGGCCCACAGACGGCGUGGAUGUUUACUUUGGCAUGCCCGGGGAAAUCAGCGAGCACGAGGGGUUCCUGCGGGCCAAGAUGGACCUGGAGGAGCGGAGGAUGCGCCAGAUUAACGAGGUGAUGCGUGAAUGGGCCAUGGCGGACAACCAGUCCAAGAACCUGCCUAAAGCUGACAGACAGGCACUCAAUGAGCACUUCCAGUCCAUUCUGCAAACCCUGGAGGAGCAGGUGUCUGGUGAGCGACAGCGCCUGGUGGAGACCCACGCCACCCGAGUCGUCGCCCUUAUCAACGACCAGCGCCGGGCCGCCCUGGAGGGCUUCCUGGCAGCACUGCAGGGGGAUCCGCCUCAGGCGGAGCGCGUGCUGCUGGCCCUGCGGCGCUACCUGCGUGCGGAGCAGAAGGAGCAGAGGCACACACUGCGCCACUACCAGCACGUGGCUGCCGUGGACCCCGAGAAAGCCCAGCAGAUGCGCUUCCAGGUGCAGACUCACCUUCGGGUGAUUGAGGAGAGGAUGAACCAGAGCCUGGGACUCCUUGACCAGAACCCUCACCUGGCUCAGGAGCUGCGGCCCCAGAUCCAGGAACUCCUCCACUCGGAGCGCCUGGGUCCCAGCGAAUUGGAAGCCCCCGCCCCCGGGGGCAGCAGUGAGGACAAGAGUGGGCUGCUGCCUCCAGAUUCCAAGGACGCAGACACCCCCAUGACCCCUCCAAAAGGGUCCACAGAACAAGAGGCUGCGUCCCCUGGGAAAGAGAAGCCAUCCCCGUUGGAGCAGUAUGAGCAAAAGGUGAAUGUGACUAUUCCAAGGGGUUUUCCCUUCCACUCAUCGGAGAUUCAGAGAGAUGAGCUGGCACCCGCGGGGACCGGCGUGUCCCGUGAGGCCGUGUCCGGCCUGCUGAUCAUGGGGGCAGGUGGGGGGUCCCUGAUUGUCCUCUCCCUGCUGCUCCUACGCAAGAAGAAGCCCUAUGGGGCCAUCAGCCAUGGAGUGGUGGAGGUGGACCCCAUGCUGACCCUGGAGGAGCAGCAGCUCCGUGAACUGCAGCGGCAUGGCUACGAGAACCCCACCUACCGCUUCCUGGAGGAACGACCCUGAACCUGCCCUCUUCACACCCUCCGCUGAGCCCGGACCCCUCUCUUCCUGGAGCCCCGGAACCCUGACUCCCAGCCUAGAGUGGGAAGAGGGGUCUUGAAAAGUUCAUUUCCUACCCUUUGUGAGGGGCUGGAAAUUAUUUCCCCUUUCCAAUUCCAUCUCCACCCCUAAGAAAUCCCCAGGUGUUCCCAGCUGCCUCCCCACUGGGAACCUCCUCACCUUAAUUUAUUUUGUAAGUUAAUUUAUUGCACCUUAAGGUGAUCACCUCCUUGGUCCCAGUGUCUGUUGUUCCUUGAAAUUCACCCUCCCACGUUCCCCCACUAACAUCCCAAUAAAGUCCUCUUACCCACCA